AUGGGGCCAGCCAGUAAAAUUCCACUACUCUCCGAAGCCGAUUGGGAGGCAAUUGAAAAACCCUGGGCUUUUUCCAGCCCCAGUGUAGUGGCAGGGACGGGAACUGUAAUUCCCCGCUCUCCCUGUGGAGAAUCAGGGCCUCCGGAUGGAUGGCCAAAGGCCGCACAGAGGUGCUCCUGUGACGAGGACGCCUCAGGAGGGAGUGAGAGCAGAAGGGAGCCCACCUGUGGUCAUCUCAGCAACAGCAGAAGAACCUGGGCUGCUGGGAGUGGCGUUGGAGAGAAACAGGUUGAUUUGGUAGUUAUUCUGCAGGUAGAAUGGACAGGCAAAUUCCGCGAGAUGCCCUGGGGCGCUGCUCAGGCUCAGGUCUUUCUGUGGCUUCUUCUUAGUCAGUCUGGCUCCAUUCCUCCAUGUCUGGCUCAUAUCACUCCCUACAUUCGGAGUCCAUUUUCUGAUGCCCUCUUUCAGCUCUUUGCCUGCACUCAUCUGUGA